CCCACUGCUCGAAGUACACCAAUACCUCUCCUUCCUCAGAUCCGCCACCUUUCCCGCUCUUUUUGCCACCCGUAUAUAAAGGGUCUCGCCCCUCUCACUCAAAAGGCAAAAGGACCAGAAAGGAAACCAUCCAAUUCAAAAAAAGUUAUGCUCUUAGCACCUUCCGUAUCACAAUCAUACCCGAGACGCCAGCUAUUAUCCACAAUCGCCACCACCACCACCUCGCUCGUCGGUCACUCCAACUACACUUUCGGCCAUCAGCUACUCGACUAUCCGUCUCUUUCCCAGAGCCUAUUCUUCGGACAGCUCGGGAGUGAUAGUCCAUCCCUCGACUACGCCACUUCAGAGCCCGAGGGCUUCGGCAGCGACGAUAUUUGGCAACAAGAUCAACUGAUGCAGUCUGAACAAUCCGGCAUCUCAACCAGCUGGCACUUUGCAAACGGAAAGCUGACGCCGACUUCAGCUCGCAGCCACCAGCGCGAGUCGUCACAGUCCUCCCUGGGCUCUGCUGGGCCGGCAUCUCCAUACAACUACAACACGUCUCACCCACAGGUCGCUCUCCCACCAGACUCAGCUGGUGGGGAGACAUACUAUGAAGGCCUACCGGUUGCUGACCAAGCGACUUACUACAACUUCUCCAAGACGCCAUCGCAUACGCAAGACCAGUACUUGCCAGCCGUCUUCCAGCAGAAUUACAACUUCCACCCUUGCAGCACACCUACAAACUACAACUCCAUGAUGCCAAUGGACAAGCGCGCGAUGAUGAGGGACGACGAGACGAUGUCGGUUCCAGACUACGGACACUCAGGUCGCCCAUCCGUCGCAAGCACUCAAGGCUCCCCAGCGACGCCAAUUGGCAAUGGAUUCGAUGAGCCGAAUCGCAAAACUGAGUACCACAACUCGAAUGCGAUACCAAAGCUUGACAGGACAAUGUCGGAUGCUUACAACGAUGAGUUGUACAGCCCGAACUUCACAUUCACAUCGGCGCCCCCGUCGCAAGAGUCGCGGCUCUUGCCUUCCCAGAGCUCGGACGUAUUUUCUCAAAGACUGCAAGCUGCGAACAGCCAACACUUGAGUGCCUCAACUCAGCAACCACUUGGAAACCAGUCUCGCAGACGGUCUCCGUUCCGACAAGGCUCCCCUCUUGCGCCGUUACCGCACCGAGGAUUCAAUUCACAGUCGUCGACGCAGCAGAUUCGUCUGGGCACGGCAGCACAUAUGCGAGAGCAACAGAAGGCAGAGGACGAUGCACGGGUCUUGGAGGAACAGAUUAGAGAGUCAUCUCCAGAGCAAUCUACGCCAAAGACUAUUUCGCCAAAGGAUGCACUACUCGAGUAUCAUGGUACCGAGGAGGACGCGGCAAUGCCGCUGUUCCCUCAGACCCAGCAAUACCGAUUCCCAAAGCCAACCUCCCAGGAAUCGCAGGAACUCGAUGAUACCUCUUCGCAGCAAAGCUUUGCGAGCAUGGUAACGAGCCGCCGGCCAAGUUCCUCGGCAUACUCAAACUCAUCCCAAGCGACGCCUCGCAACCGCAGCUUUGCCUUCGCUCCUCCAUCGGUACCUGGCGCGACACAAAUGCCGCAACAGCAAUACCAGUUUGUUCUGCAGCAGCGACAGGCGCAGAACUUGGCGGAUCGAUCAUCUCAGCUGGUGGUCGCCCUGCCGUCUGUGGAGUCGAGCAACGGCGAAUAUGCAACAGAUGCGUCAGAGCUCAAAAAGCCUGCAAGAUCCAAUGCCGACAGUGGGACGUACACUUGCACGUACCAUGGAUGCACACUGCGGUUUGAGACGCCAGCAAAACUCCAGAAGCACAAGCGUGAGGGACAUCGCCAAUCGGCCCCACUGAUUAGCGGGGUUACCACUAGCGCUCGCCGUGCCAGCAGCGAUGGUGGUGGCAGCGGCAUGACAUCAGCGGCGCUUCUCCGCAAUUCUCAAGCUGGCCCUCACAAAUGCGAGCGGAUUAACCCGUCCACGGGCAAACCGUGCAACGCCAUCUUCUCACGCCCUUACGAUCUCACGCGACACGAAGACACUAUUCACAACGCGCGCAAGCAAAAGGUACACUGCCAGUUCUGUACCGAGGAAAAGACCUUCAGUCGCAAUGAUGCUCUAACACGGCAUAUGCGUGUUGUACACCCCGAGAUCGACUUCCCUGGCAAGACCAGACGACGUGUUUGAUGAUCCAAUCCAGACGACGUGUUUGAUGAUCCAAUCCAAUGUUUCAGUGACAUCAGGCCGUCCAUUGUGGACGUCAUGGGCGCAAAUAACGGUAUUUCGGUAAUACCGGUGCCGAUCACGACGUCAGUGACGACGCACGGAUAAUGCUUUUCACAUCAAGACUUCUAAUAAUUCUACUACAUGAUACAACAUGAUACAACCCUUUUUUUAAGCGUUCAUAAUGCAGCAUAGCGAUUUGUUUUAGGCUUCGGGCCAUUUGGAGUUUGGGUUGGUAAUCUGUCAUAGAAGAGUCAUCGAAAACAUGUUCAUCGCAAUUGGCACUUGUACCAAUCAAUUGGCGAUAGAAAUACUUUUUUUUUUUUUUUUUUUUUAUGAAUCUCUUUGGGUCAUUGGCUUGGUAUUUCAACUCAAUAGAAUGGAAAGUA